AUGGAGAGCGAUUACCGAAAAGAAUUAGAAAUUGCUUUUGAUGCAUUGCAAAAGGCCUCAAGUCUCAGCCAGACUGUCGUUUCUGCCCAGGAUAAGGCCGGCAUUGAGAAGAAUGAUUUGAGCCCCGUCACCGUCGCCGAUUUCGCAGUCCAGGGACUGCUCGCAGCAACUUUCAAAGGAGCAUUUCCUGAAGACAAUUUUGUCGGCGAGGAGGAUGCAUCACAUUUGAGAAGCGAUGAUGCGCUUCUCGAACGCGUUUGGGAGCUCCUGAGCACCGUACCCCGUGACGGGCUUACAAAGGUGCCAGAGUCCAAAGAGCAGCUGUGUGAUCUUGUCGAUCUCUGCGGAUCUGGUGUACCGGAGCGCAGAAGAACAUGGGUCUUUGAUCCCAUCGAUGGCACAAGAACUUAUAUGAUGGGGCAAGUCUAUGCCAUCAAUAUUGCACUUCUAGUUGACGGACAGCAGAUGCUUAGCGCUGUUGGCUGUCCCAACACAUCAAUGGAUGCCAAGGCACCGAUGAACAACCCAGACAUUGACCCGUCCAACGGCGGCUGCAUUGCCUUUGCUGUCAAGAAUCAUGGCUCAUUUGUGCGACCCAUGCACGGCGCGAUUGACGCCGUGGCUACGCGAAGGCUUCCCCGGCAGCCGUCGGUAAGCAGCGCCAAGGACCUGCGCUUCGUCACGAGCCACGACAUGGCCGACUCAAUCCUCCCCGGGAUCCACGAGCGUCUGACGGCGCGCCUGGGCAUCGACUUUCCGGGCUGCGACCUGCUGCCGUGGGUGCUGCGCUGGACGGUGCUGGCCAUGGGCCUCGGCGACACGACGGUGCAGGUCUACAAGAGCCGGCAGCGGCUGGGCAAGAUCUGGGACCACGCGGGCGCGAUGCUGCUCUACGAGGAGACGGGCGGCAAAAUCACCGACAUUGACGGCAAGCCGCUGGACUGGCUGGCGGGUCGCAAGUUUGUGCGCAACUUUGGGGUGGUCGCGGCGCCGCCAAGCAUUCACGCGCUUGUAUUGAAGCAGGUGCACGACACGUUGCGAGAAAAUGGCCACGCGGACAUGGUAGAUGUGUAA